GCGUGCGGUGUCUGUCACCGUUCGACGCCUUCUCUUCCUCAAAACCUAAUCCAAAGAGGAACAGAGAAACCCAUUAGAUUCAGAGAUACGGAAACGACGAAUUGGGCUCCAACAUCGAAAUCAACCCUAGCUACGAGUGUUGCAUCCGUGUGCUCACGAUCUGAAGAAGAUCAGGAUCAAGUGGGUUUAGUAGGGUGCGUAUUGCAAGUUCGUAGCCAUGUCGUCGGGGAAAAAGAACUACAAGGAGAAGAUGAUGCGGCGCAAAGAAGAGAAGCGUGAGGAACCAGAAACUCCCAGGUACAGGGAUCGUGCUAAAGAGCGGAGAGAAGAUCAAAACCCUGAUUAUGAGCCAACUGAGCUUGGUUCAUUUCAUGCUGUAGCUCCUCCUGGAACAGUUGAUCUGAGGUUAACUGAUGCACAUAAGAUAUCUAUUGAGAACAGCAAGUAUCUUGGAGGGGAUCUGGAACAUACACACUUGGUCAAAGGGUUAGAUUAUGCUUUGCUUCACAAGGUAAGGAGUGAAAUUGACAAGAAAACAGAUGGUGAAGAUGGGAAGGAUGAACAGUCUCGAACUUCCAAGGAAGACCAGCCGCUUACAUUUCGUACUGCAACUGCCAAGUCAGUGUAUCAGUGGAUUGUCAAACCACAAAGCAAUAUAAAGGCAAAUGAAAUGUUUCUUCCUGGACGGAUGGCAUUCAUUUUUAACAUGGAGGAUGGCUUAUCACAUGAUAUCCCUACUACUCUUCAUAGGAGCAAAGCUGACUGCCCGGUCCCAGAAGAAAUGGUUACUGUCAGCGUGGAUGGUUCUGUCCUUGAGCGGAUUGCUAAAAUAAUGACAUAUCUUCGUCUUGGAUCAUCAGGGAAGGUUCUUAAGAAAAAGAAAAAGGAGAAAGAAAUUAAAGGGAAGAUUUCUGGAAUUGCUAAUGGUCAUGAUGAAGAGAAGCCUGGACAACACUCUAGUGACAUCAGGAAGCCCCAUCCACAACGAGAAAUGGCACCUGCUCAUCGCAAGAGUAAUGUUGAUGCAAAGGAGAAGAAAUCUCUUCCUAUUGCUAGAAUUGAAGUGGAUGACAUAUUUCUAGGCGAUGGAGUUGAUUACGUUGUUCCUAGUAAGGACAUGAGUCAAAGCCCAGUUUCAGAGGACAUGGAAGAGUCUCCACGUAUCCGAGAGAAGCAGUCUUAUUUCAGUGAACCUGUUUAUGGUCCCAUCCCACCUCCUGAAACCGCUCAAGCAUGGCAGCAAACAAACGGGUAUGAUGCCAUUCAAGCUCAAAUGGUGGCCGCUGGAUACCAAGGAGAGUGGUCAGAGUAUCAGUACACUGAACAAUUGGCCUAUCCUGAACAGUAUCUGCAACAAAAUAUGCAGGGCUAUGAUGCAUUGGCAGGAGCAAAUGUAUCCCAAGAUCCACGUUUUAUGACUCAAGAAGACAAGGACCGUGGUUUAGGGUCUGUUUUUAAGCGUGAUGACCAAAGGCUUCAAAAACUAAGGGAAAAGGAUUCUCGUGAGAAGGAUCCAAAUUUUAUAUCUGAAAGUUACUCCGAAUGUUAUCCUGGUUAUCAGGAGUACAAUCAUGAGGUGAUAGACAGUGAUGAUGAAGAUGACUUGUCAAAAAUGGACAUGGGCGGCCGUGCAAAAGGUCGUCUUCACAGGUGGGAUUUUGAGACAGAAGAGGAGUGGGCUAAGUACAAUGAACAAAAGGAGGCGAUGCCAAAGGCUGCUUUCCAAUUUGGAGUCAAGAUGCAGGAUGGACGGAAGACGAGGAAGCAAAACAAGGACCAGAAGCUUACUAACGAGCUUCACAAGAUCAAUAAAAUCCUCGCAAGGAAAAAGGCAGAGAGAGAGGGCAAUGAUGACGGUGGGGAGUACAAUGAUGAUCCGCAACCUGGAAAGAAGCUUCGGAUCUAAAUCUCAAGUUGUAUAACAGGUGUAUUGAUACAUCUAACUUGAAUCUUGGACUAACUCGAGUGACUGGAUAAGUGUUGUAGUUUGUUUCCGAUCGUAGCGUAUACAAUGUGUGUGACAGUGUACUGGUAUGAAAUCUAGAAUUUUUGGGAAUGCAAAAAGUUUCCAAGGUAUUUAAUCA